UUUCACUCAGCUUAGUUUGAAACAACUUCCUCUUCAGUUUUCAUGUUAUCUUGUUAAAGAUGCGGAGCGUUCAAGACCUGCUGUUUAUCCUCUGCAUUGUUCUCAGUUAUGUGACCAGAGCAGCAGGACUGAUCCAUGUGUUUGGAUAUGUGGGCAGAGAUGUUGACGUUUCCUGCUCCUAUGGUCAGGGUUAUAAGUCUCAUGAGAAGUACCUGUGCAAGAACGACUGUGGCAGCAGUGAUGUUCUUAUUACGACAUCAGAAACAAAGAAGAACAAAUUCUCCAUCUAUGAUGACAAAGAGAAACAAACCUUCACAGUGACCCUCUCUGAUCUUCAGUCUGUGGAUGCUGGGAAAUACUGGUGUGGGGUGACGAGGACUGGAAAAGAUAUCUACACUGAAGUAAAACUGGAACUAGAACAAGAUACUUGCUGUGACAAAGUGGAUAAAAUUCAAAGUCAUGAAAGAGAUUCAGUGUCCAUCAUUUGUCCGUAUGAGUUGGAGUACCAGAACAACCUGAAGUUCAUCUGCAGAGGAAACCAGCCCUCCACAUGUCUGCAGCAGGCAGUCAUCACCUCUGACAGCAAACAAAAUGGACGCUUCACACUCACUGAGGACAAGGAGUCAAGAAGAUUCACAGUGAACAUUAACAAGCGGACCCAAGAGGAUUCUGGGUGGUAUCUUUGUGGUGUCCAUAGAAACACUGGACUGGAUGUUUUCUCUGCUGUUGAGCUGGAGGUCAAAGUGUGGUGUUGUGUGAAGACACUUGCUAUGAGUGGUACUGUGACACGUCCAGUCACUCUGCAGUGUCCUUAUCCACCACAUCACCAGAAUAACAGGAAGUUCCUCUGUAAGGGAGACCACCGCAACAACUGCACAGACGUGUUGUCCAAUGGAAGCAGGUUCACACUGCAAGAUGAUGUUUCUCUCAGCUCCUUCUCUGUGAUGAUCACAAACCUGGAAGCAGGUGAUGCUGCGAUGCGGAGCUCUCUAUGUGAAACUGGAGUGGGCAUCACCAGACACUGUGAGGCAGCAGGAGAACCCAAAGGUUCAGAAGAGAUUUAUGCCAAUGAAGAAACUGUCGGGUUCUCAAAGCAGACGACCUCUAAACUGCAGGACGCCUGUAACGUCUACAGCGACGCAGAUGACGACCAACCAGACUACGAAAACUUCACAGCAACAGAAGAAAUCUACUGUAAUGAAAAUUUCCAUGUGUCUAAUCGCAAAUGUGGAGCGUUCGAGACCUGCUGUUCAUUCUCUGCAAAAUAUCGUCUUCAUGUCGUCUUUCUCUUCAUAGUUGUUCUCAGUUAUGUGACCAGAGCAGCAGGAGUGUUCCAUGUGUUUGGAUAUGUGGGCAGAGAUGUUAACGUUUCCUGCUCCUAUGGUCAGGGUUAUGAGUCUCAUGAGAAGUACCUGUGCAAGAACGACUGUGGCGACAGUGAUGUUCUUAUCACGACAUCAGAAACAAACCAGAACAAAUACUCCAUCUAUGAUGACAAAGAGAAACGAAGCUUCACAGUGACCAUCUCUGAUCUUCAGUCUGUGGAUGCUGGGAAAUACUGGUGUGGGGUGACGAGGACUGGAAAAGAUAUCUACACUGAAGUAAAACUGAAACUAGAACAAGAUCACUGCUGCAACAAUGUGGAUAAAAUUCAAAGUCAUGAAAGAGAUUCAGUGUCCAUCAUUUGUCCGUAUCAGUUGGAGUACCAGAACAACCUGAAGUUCAUCUGCAGAGGAAACCAGCCCUCCACAUGUCUGCAGCAGGCAGUCAUCACCUCUGACAGCAAACAAAAUGGACGCUUCACACUCACUGAGGACAAGGAGUCAAGAAGAUUCACAGUGAACAUUAACAACCUGACCCAAGAGGAUUCUGGGUGGUAUCUUUGUGGUGUCCAUAGAAACACUGGACUGGAUGUUUUCUCUGCUGUUGAGCUGGAGGUUGAAGGUUUGAUGCCUCAGUUACACCUCAUAUUACUGCAGUAAACUUAUUUCAUUUAUAGUAGAACAGCAAAGACCAGUAAAGCUUUUACACCUUCUCAAAAUGUACUAAAGUACUAAAGGAAAGAAGAACGUAUGCACAUGUAU